UCGAGUAUGCUGAUGGCCCCAAUGCCCAGGUCAUGAAUGCCGAAGAGCACGCCUUUCGCUUUUCUGCCAACAUCAUCAACAGGAACAGAACUCUACUGCCCAACACAACUCUGACCUAUGACAUCCAGAGGAUCCACUUCCAUGACAGCUUUGAGGCCACCAAGAAGGCCUGUGACCAGUUGGCACUGGGUGUGGUGGCAAUCUUCGGGCCAUCCCAGGGCUCCUGCACCAAUGCCGUCCAGUCCAUCUGCAAUGCCCUGGAGGUGCCCCACAUUCAGCUGCGCUGGAAACACCACCCACUGGACAACAAGGACACCUUCUAUGUGAACCUCUACCCUGACUACGCCUCUCUCAGCCACGCCAUCCUCGACCUGGUCCAGUACCUCAAGUGGCGGUCAGCCACUGUGGUCUAUGACGACAGUACAGGGCUCAUCCGGCUGCAGGAGCUCAUCAUGGCACCGUCAAGAUACAACAUCCGUCUGAAGAUCCGCCAGCUGCCCAUCGACUCGGACGACUCGCGGCCCCUGCUCAAGGAGAUGAAGCGCGGCCGGGAGUUCCGCAUCAUCUUCGACUGCAGCCACACCAUGGCGGUGCAGAUCCUCAAGCAGGCCAUGGCCAUGGGUAUGAUGACCGAAUACUACCACUUCAUCUUCACCACUCUGGAUCUGUACGCCUUGGACUUGGAACCCUACCGCUACUCGGGGGUGAACUUGACGGGCUUCCGCAUCCUCAACGUAGACAACCCCCACGUCUCAGCCAUCGUGGAGAAGUGGUCCAUGGAGCGGCUGCAGGCAGCGCCCAGAGUGGAGUCCGGCCUGCUGGAUGGGGUGAUGAUGACGGACGCAGCCCUGCUGUAUGAUGCGGUCCACAUCGUGUCCGUGUGCUACCAGCGGGCGCCCCAGAUGACUGUGAACUCCCUGCAGUGCCAUAGGCACAAGGCCUGGCGCUUUGGCGGCCGCUUCAUGAACUUUAUCAAGGAGGCUCAAUGGGAAGGCUUAACUGGACGGAUUGUUUUCAACAAAACCAGUGGCUUGCGGACAGAUUUUGACCUGGACAUCAUCAGCCUGAAGGAGGAUGGCCUGGAGAAGGUUGGGGUGUGGAGUCCUGCUGAUGGGCUCAACAUCACAGAGGUCGCCAAGGGCCGAGGCCCUAACGUCACUGACUCUCUGACAAACAGGUCGCUGAUCGUCACCACGGUGCUGGAGGAGCCCUUUGUCAUGUUCCGCAAGUCUGACAGGACACUAUAUGGCAAUGACCGCUUUGAGGGCUACUGCAUUGACCUGCUCAAGGAGCUGUCCCACAUCCUGGGCUUCUCCUAUGAGAUCCGGCUGGUGGAGGACGGCAAGUAUGGAGCUCAGGACGACAAGGGACAGUGGAACGGCAUGAUCAAGGAGCUCAUCGACCACAAGGCAGAUCUGGCCGUGGCCCCCCUGACCAUCACCCAUGUUCGAGAGAAGGCUAUCGACUUCUCCAAACCCUUCAUGACACUGGGCGUGAGCAUCCUCUAUCGCAAGCCCAACGGCACCAACCCCAGCGUCUUCUCCUUUCUCAACCCCCUAUCCCCAGACAUCUGGAUGUAUGUGCUCCUCGCCUACCUGGGUGUCAGCUGUGUCCUCUUUGUCAUCGCCAGGUUCAGCCCUUAUGAGUGGUACGAUGCUCACCCUUGCAACCCUGGUUCCGAGGUGGUGGAAAAUAACUUCACUCUCCUGAACAGCUUCUGGUUCGGAAUGGGGUCCCUGAUGCAACAAGGUGGCAUCUGGUGGUUCUUCACGCUCAUCAUCAUCUCCUCCUACACGGCCAACCUGGCUGCCUUUCUGACUGUGGAACGCAUGGAGUCACCCAUCGAUUCUGCUGACGACCUGGCCAAGCAAACCAAGAUUGAGUACGGAGCUGUCAAGGAUGGGGCCACCAUGACCUUCUUCAAGAAAUCCAAGAUCUCCACCUUCGAGAAGAUGUGGGCCUUCAUGAGCAGCAAGCCCUCGGCGCUGGUGAAGAACAACGAGGAGGGCAUCCAGAGGACACUGACGGCCGACUACGCGCUGCUCAUGGAGUCCACCACCAUCGAGUACGUCACCCAGAGGAACUGCAACCUCACGCAGAUCGGCGGUCUCAUUGAUUCCAAGGGCUAUGGCAUCGGCACGCCCAUGGGCUCCCCGUACAGGGACAAGAUCACCAUUGCCAUCCUGCAGCUGCAGGAGGAGGACAAGCUGCAUGUCAUGAAGGAGAAGUGGUGGCGAGGCAGUGGCUGUCCCGAGGAGGAGAACAAGGAGGCCAGCGCCCUGGGCAUCCAGAAGAUUGGAGGCAUCUUCAUCGUGCUGGCCGCCGGCUUGGUCCUGUCUGUGCUCGUGGCCGUGGGCGAGUUUAUAUACAAGCUCCGCAAAACCGCAGAGCGGGAGCAGCGUUCCUUCUGCAGCACUGUGGCCGACGAGAUCCGGUUCUCCCUCACCUGCCAACGUCGGGUCAAGCACAAGCCGCAGCCUCCCAUGAUGGUCAAGACCGAUGCUGUCAUCAACAUGCACACGUUCAACGAUCGCCGGCUCCCGGGCAAGGACAGCAUGACCUGCAGCUCCUCGCUAGCCCCCGUGUUUCCCUAGGCACAGGUGCGGCAGGGCCUGCAGGGCCUGGGGCAAGGCUGAGGAAAGCAAUGGAGACCCGAAAGAGUGUCCCCUGCCCCUAUACUGGGCUUGGGGACCAGGGCUGCUGCUCCUAUAGGCUCUGGAGCCACCUGGACUUUCCUCUAACCAGGAAAUCAGCAGGCGA